GUCACUGUUGCGUUCCUGCUAUUCCCGUUAUUCAUUCGCCCCGGUGACGUGGCGGGAGUCUCAUCCAGCCACCAUAUGGCCCGUUUCGUCCACAAGACCCUGAGCCGAUAGCACAGAGGCCGUUCAAGAUGCCUUCAGACAGAAAUGGGCUUCCAUUCUACUUUUGAAGGCAGUGGCUUUGAUCCUUGAUCACCCGCAUUCUCACUAUCUAUAACAGACUUGAGCAUUUCAAAUUCGUGCGCCAAUCGUUAUCCGAUCUUUCCCCCUUGCUUGCGCUUGCAAUGGUCGACGUGCUCUUAUUCAUCCUUGUUGUCUGUGCACGGAUUGUACUAGCGGAUACAUAUUGUGAUUUCUGGGGGAACUGCAGCAACGGGAUUUUGGACACUGGUUUGAGCACUGGGGAGUUCGUCGGAGUCGUAAUUGGCUCCUUUUUUGGGCUCGUAAUCAUUGUGAUCGCAAUAGUCUACGGAGUAGUCAAGUGUUGUCGCGCCGAACGCAAUGCGCAGCAAGCGAUCAUAUACGCCCCGCCACCUCCGUCCAACCCACACAACUCAUAUAUUUUCCCACCUUAUGCAUCCCUAGAAUCUGGACCAGGAAGUCCAAAGGCUCCUGGGAGUGAGGGAUGGAGCAUGACGGGCGGCGUAAGAUUCCCACCUCCUGCCCAUCCAUCUCCCCCUGGCGGAGACUACCAGUACCAUCCAUCCCCUGAACUGUUCCGUAAUAAUCAGGUCUGAAGCAAUCACAGCGAACCGGCGGUCUGCCACCUCGAUUUUUGGCAUUCUUAUGAUUGAGCCCACCUCCCUCCCCUCCAUCACUAUGUAUUUUCACAUGCGUGUCAUUGCGGUCUUGCCUCAGCUCCAACUUCUUGUAACAAUAGCCAAUGUCUUGAAAAUUUCUGAAAAUUUCUGCUCCACUGCCUUUUGACCCCGGUCGCUCUGUAUUUUUACUCGCGUGUCACUUGUCUCACGACCCAGACUCCAAUAAACCAUGUUCGCCUUUUUGGUUACCUGUCCCUGGGGUUCCGCAGGAGACGGGUACAUCCAUGAUACCCGGGGCAUGUUUCGUUCAAGAGUGAUGGUGGAGAAAUGCGAGGGUUUCGCGAUUUAUAUGCUCUAAAUGUACCAUGUCCCCGCAAGCAGACAACGACGAAACCCAGUAUU